UCCGGGUGUAGUCUUUGCAACUUGGUUCUUUCGUACAACGAUGCUGCUGUUGGUUCUUCGUGGUUUGUUCUUGAUGAGCACGCUGGCCCAAUCGGCAUCAGCCGGGGAAGCCGCCCCGGAAUGUCUCAAAAUUUCAGAAAGACUGGCCAUCCUAGAGGAACGCACCAACCUCCUGACUCAACCUCCCGUGAUCAACUCCUGCUCGGAAGCCCCCACAAUCGGAACCUACCAGCUGCGACUACCCCUAAGCACCGUCUCCGUUCCCGUGGUCUGCGAGACAAACUCCUCGCUGUUCAGCAAUUUCGAAUCCGACACAGCUGGAGGUGGCUGGUUGGUGUUCCAGCAGCGCCUCGACGGCUCGGUCAACUUUGGCCGAAGUGGCUCGGAAUACCGGGGUGGGUUCGGAACGGUCGACCCCCGGUCCGAGUUCUGGCUUGGGCUGGAAGUGUUGCACCAGGUGACGGUGAACGCCCACUACGAGCUGGUGAUUGAGCUGCGAAACGAGGAAGGCCACUACGGUUACGCCCGGUACUCGCAGUUUGCGGUGGCCGGCGAAGCUGACCGGUACAAGCUGACCACGCUGGGGUCUUACACGGGGACGAUCGGCAGUCGGUUGGUGGUCAGCCGGAACGAACCGUUCUACGCGCGGGAUGACGUCAACAGUGGCGAUGGAGCUUCGUCGUGUGGCUGGAACCAUGGCGGAGGUUGGUGGUAUUACGAAUGCCGACACAGCAUGCUCAAUGGACCGUUCAAGAGGAAUGACUCCACCCGAAAGGGCAUCUUCUGGAAAGAGUUCGCCGACGCUGCCACGUACAGCCGGAUGAUGAUCCGCCGAAAGGUGCCGUCGAGAGGGUCGAAUCGGGACGACAGUCUGAACAAGGACAGUAGCUAUUAUUGGAAGCUGUACGCGCAAUGUCCAAACCACCACCCACCCGAAUAUAACAGUAUGUACUUGUCCGCCUCCCCAGCAAUUUCAAACCAAUCGGUGAACCAAUUCCAGUCCCAGCCAAAACUCGGUUUGGCUUCCGACCCGUCCAAAACCCGUCCCGAUAAUCGGCCCAGCUGCGGUCAAAGUCCCAGCCAACCGCCGCCAAUCAUCAACCUGCUCAACCAACGACUGAUGCUGGAGCAGUUGCUCUCGAAGCAAACGAAAAACCGAAUCAUUCAAGGAUGUGACGAAGUUGAUUCCUCCGGAAGGUACCGGCUGCUGCUUCCCUCGUCGACCUUUGGGGUAAUCUGCGACGCUCGCUCCUUCGAUGGGGGUUGGCUCGUGAUUCAGCAGCGGCUGAGUGGAAAGUUGAGCUUCGACCGGGACUGGGACGGCUAUCGGGACGGGUUUGGGAUUGUGGGGUCUGCGUCCGAUUUUUGGCUGGGGCUGGAGAAGAUUCACCAAAUUACGAGUGGGGGAGACUUUGAGCUGGCCGUUGAGCUGAGGAAUGAGUUUGGGACUUAUGGGUUUGCACUGCACUCGGCGUUUAAUGUUGCUGGAGAGGACGAACUUUAUCGGCUGACGUGUUCCGGGACCGAAGCUGGAAACUUGGAUGGGCGAAUUGGGGCUGGCCAUGGGGAGCUUUUUACGACGAGGGAUUUGGAUUUCGACAAACUUGAGGAUGUGAAUUGUGGACAAGUGUAUGGAAGUGGAUGGUGGUUCUACGAUUGCAAUAAUGUCAAUCUCAACGGUCCUUAUAAGAAGGAUAAUGUAACUGGUCGAGGCAUCUACUGGAGAGGAUUCACAGACGCUGCAACUUACAGUCGAAUGAUGAUUCGACGAAAGUAAUUGCUCUACGCGUUGCUACAAUUUUUAUCGCGUAUUUUGUGUUUUCUUUUUGCAAAUCAUUCAACUAUUAUUAAUAUUGAAAAAAAAAAAAGCAUUACACAAAAAUAUAAUAUUGUAAAAAACCGAUAAAAUCAGAUAUUGC